CUCUCUCUCAAAACCAUGCGUACCUCAACAGGCGCAAUAUUCAACCAUAAUGGCAGCAACUGAAACUCCAUCUCACCCUUCAAAUCCUUCUCCACAAGUAGAAGCUCUUGUCUCUCUCCUUUUGCAGCUUCAUCCCCGGUCAUUGCAACCCCAUCGGCCAGAAAAUCCAUGGAAGAUGUUUGGAAAGAUAUCAGUUUGGCCUCUCUUCAUGAUCCUUCAUACAACACCACCCUCUCCUCCACCGUCACCACCACCACCACCACCACCACCACCACCACCACCACCACCCACAAGCCUGCCUUUUGCGGUAUGAUCCUCCAAGACUUCUUAGCUCGACCUCUCGGCAAAGACCGACCCACGAGAUUUGCAUCAUCAUCAGGCACCGGCGAUGACCAUUCAUCCGCCUUGGAAACCACUUUAUUGGGUUCUCCGGCGCCACCUCCAGCCACCAUUCUGAGCUUGAAAUCCGGCUCUGAUUUUGCAUACCUUCAAAGCUCAUGUACUCCUAUUGGGCCAAACCCACGAUUGCAAAGGCAUGUCAGUUUCACUGUACCUUCUUUUGUUUCCUCCUUUAACUCUGUGUUCGAUGUGUCCGGCUCUUCUUUGGUACUCCCUUCUUGUUGCAAAAGAAGGGCUCAAGAAAAUGAUGAUAAUCCCGGCGAUCGGAGAAAUAAGCGCAUGAUCAAGAAUAGAGAAUCAGCCGCUCGCUCUAGAGCAAGGAAACAGGCCUACACGAGUGAGUUGCAACUUGAAGUUGCCCGCUUACAGGAAGAGAAUGCUAGGCUCAAAAGGCAGCAAAGGGAGCUUUGCGUUGCAGCCAAUGCUCACUUUAAAAAAAAACAUCGCAUCUACAGAACCUCAACUGCUCCAUUUUGAGAAGUGACCGGAAAAAGAAGUGGGAAGAGAAGCAAAUUAAGGUGCUUCUUUUCUUAUAUCUCGUUCCUCGAAUCCUUGUGUUUUGUCCAUAUGCCAGCUUUUUCUUGCCCAACGAGGACAGCUUGGGAAAUAUGUUUGCAGGGGAAGAAAAGAGAUUGCAAGAUUUGUUUGCCUAAAAAUGUACAGUAUAACGAUGGGACUUACUUCGUAACAGCAUAAAACCAUCCUUUUCUUCUGUCCACUCUCACAGUCCUCCUCCUGAGAUUCGUGAAUAUCGUCUGUAGGUGAUCUUUUGAUUGUGGCAGUUGGCGUGUUUUGACAUUUUGUCUCUUUUUCGUUUUGUUCUUCUUUUUACUACUAUAAUGUAUUUAAGAUU